GUUGUGGGGGGAGUCGGUAGCAAGAUGGAGGCUGAGAGUGAGAGGAGGAGGAGGGAGAGAAGGAGGGGGGAGAUGGCGGUGAAGGCCGAGAAGCGCAGCCCACGGAGCUGCGGGUCCCGUUCGGCUUAUGGGAGCCAAUCCCCCCCCAUUGAGGAGCGACGGGGCAGGAGCAGCAGGUCGCCUAAAAGGAAGAGUAAAUCCGGCCGGAGGAGCAAAUCACCGCGGGGGAGGAGGAGCAGGAGUCCGCACCAUGGAGGUGUGAGGGUAAAGCAGGAACGAGACGAUCAUCCUCACAGAGGAAAUGAAGAGAGAAAGCAGAGACACACGUCAGAGCAAGAACACAGACGAGAUAGAAGCGGUGACAGAGACAGGCACAGAGAUCACUCAGACAGGAGGAAAAAGGAGGAAAGACCUGGAGGUCGAGGCCAUGAGAGAGAAAGAGAUGUUCAGAACAUCCGUGAGCAACAAGCAGAGAGGGAGUUCUAUAACGAAAGAAGACGAGAGCAUCGACAGAACAACGAGGGGAGCGGUGCUGAGCAGAAUCCAGAACACAAACAAUCUGAUAACAAACCAAAAGAUAAAGCUGUAAACAAAGAAAAACCAAGCUUUGAACUGUCUGGUGCCCUUCUGGAGGAUACCAACACUUUCCGAGGCGUUGUGAUUAAAUACAGUGAGCCCCCAGAAGCUCGGAUUCCAAAGAAACGAUGGCGUCUCUAUCCAUUUAAAAACGAUGAGUUCCUGCCUGUCAUGUACAUUCAUAGGCAGAGUGCUUAUCUCCUGGGCAGGCACCGCAGGAUAGCAGAUAUCCCCAUUGAUCAUCCCUCCUGCUCAAAGCAACACGCUGUGUUCCAAUACCGGCUUGUGGAGCACACACGCGCUGAUGGCACAGUUGGCCGCAGGGUAAAGCCGUAUAUCAUUGAUCUUGGUUCUGGCAAUGGUACUUUUCUAAACAACCAGAGGAUUGAGCCUCAACGUUACUACGAACUGAAAGAAAAGGAUGUAUUGAAGUUUGGCUUCAGCAGCAGGGAGUACGUCCUUCUCCAUGAAUCAUCUGAUAAAUCAGAGGCCAACGCAAAGGACGAUGAUGAGGAAGAGGAGAAGGAGGAAGAGUCCGAUAGUUAACAGACAUGAAGGCAAUUGGGGAUGGGGGAGCAGGGGAGAGGAAUCUUUUACAAUAAAACAUGCAUUGGGAUGGAGAUGUUGGAGCAUCAAAGCACUGGUGCUUCUUAUUGCCUUAAAGUCCUUCUGUUGCUGACUGGUUCUUAUGGUUUAUUGUGGGGGACUCCACUGAAUAUUUGGCUUUGGUAGGUCUGUAUAGUGGGAAAUCUGACUUAUUUCACCCCCCUGACAAGCAAAAGAGCAGCUGGAUGUGAAUGAUCUGAUGCUGGAAACAUGUUCAAAGAUGGUUUUCUGCUGGAUAAAGAAACGAUGUAGAACACAGCAAAGUGUAUUUAAGAAUAUUUUUAUCCACUGUUUUUUGUCAUAAGCCUUUGAAAACGCUACUGAACUGAGGUGUUAGUUUCAAAUGUAACCCCAUGCAUUGUUUGUAAUGUCUUGUUUUGUAGAGUUUGCCAAAUUCUAGAGUUCUAGAAGGGAGAAUGACCAGGUUUGCUACUAAAAGAGGGAUAUUGCAAAGGUUUUAUGUGUCCUGGGUGGUUGCUCUGCACUGUGAGCAAUGGGCAUUUGACCACAAUGAGCUGCCUGUCGAUUCCAAGGUAAGUGAGAAGAAAAGGAAACACAACCUGAGGCUUUUAGGUUGCAACGAUGUGGUUUGGGAGGGCUGAGGUCCACAUCAAUGCACGCUAUACAUUGCAGCACCCAAACUAUGGCUGACUGUCAUGUAUCUCCUAAACCUCAGCCCUUUGUUUCUAUCAGCUCCAUGAGUAACUUAAUGUUUUUUGUUUGUAAUUGUACUCGUUACGUGGUGGCAUGUUUUUAUUACCCGGUUUGCACUAUUUAAGUUUUUCUUUAUAUAUAUAUAUAUAUAUAUAAAAAGAACUGAAGCUCUCGUUGCUUUCUAACAUUCUCCCCCACAGGAAAAGCUUUAGGAAGAGGAAAUUAAAAACCCCAAUGACUGGAAACAAACACAUCUCACCUCUUUGUGGCUGUCUGUUCCCUAUGGUUUCCAUGUUGAUGCUUAACACACUGUUGCCUGUUUGUUCUAUGGCCACACACACAACCUGUAUACACACACUGGAGCAUUGAUGGUGUAAAUACGGGGUGUUGAUAUAGGUUUUCAUAUAGAAAGCAGGAUAGAUCUUGGCUUGAAGGAUCACCUUUAUAUAUAUACACAAUCUCAAGGUUUUUAAAUAAAGAAUUUGUAAUUCUA